GCUGCUGGAGGGCUGUGGUCGACAGUUGGAAACAGAAGACUGGGUCAGCUGUGUCAGAUGGUUGUAAAUAUUGAAAUUGUGCUAUUUUAUUUUCUGCCUUUUCAUGAAACAAAAGGUAGUAUAGUAGAAAGGGUUUCAUGUAGCUGAGGUGAGGAAGUAGCUUAGUGAAGAUUCCAGGGCUGUAUCAAUCAACCCACAUAGUUUUCCUGAACCCUCACUCGUGCCCUCACUCAGCAGUGCUGAUGCAUAUUUUCUGUCACCUAUACAGAUCGACAGACUCAGCAGCUCUCUGUCUCUGAGGCCAAUCUACUAAGAUCGCUGACUUCUUUCCUCAGUUCCAGUGAAAUAGUAUCUUUAAUCAGGAGCCUCCAGACAUCUCCAACCCUUCCAACUGAGGAGUCUUCCCUUGUACUUCCUGAGGAGACUCAGACAUGGCAACAGACCCUGCGACAGAACUGCCAUUCUUCUACGGCAGCAUCAGUCGCUCGGAGGCUGAGGAGCACCUGAAGCUGGCAGGCAUGGCAGACGGGCUGUUCUUGCUGCGCCAGUGUCUGCGGAGCCUGGGCGGCUACGUGAUCUCCCUGGUGUGGGACCUGGACUUCCACCACUACUCUGUGGAGAAACAACUCAAUGGCACCUACUGUAUUGCGGGUGGCAAGCCCCACUGUGGGCCAGCGGAGCUCUGUGAGUUCUACAGUAAGGACUCAGAUGGCCUGGUGUGCAAUCUGAAGAAGCCCUGUCUGCGCUCACCAGACAACCCCAUUAGAGCAGGCGUCUUUGAUAACCUGAGGGACAACAUGCUGAGGGAGUAUGUACGACAGACAUGGAACCUGGAGGGGGAGGCCAUGGAGCAGGCCAUCAUCAGCCAGGCCCCACAGCUGGAGAAGCUGAUCGCCACCACUGCCCAUGAGAGGAUGCCCUGGUACCACGGCAAGAUCCCUCGCCAGGAGGGGGAGAGGCGACUCUAUUCCAGGGCACAGCCAGACGGAAAGUUCCUAGUCAGAGACAGGGAAGAGUCCGGCACCUUUGCCCUUUCUUUGGUGUACGGGAAAACGGCCUACCAUUACCAGAUCCUACAUGACAAAUCAGGGAAGUACUCCAUGCCAGAGGGAACCAAAUUUGACACAGUGUGGCAGCUGGUUGAGUAUCUUAAGAUGAAGCCUGAUGGGCUAGUGACAGUUCUGAGGGAACCAUGUGUGAACCGCAACAAUGCCAAACAGACUCCGGUUGUGCCCUUAGGGAGGCGGUCCAGAACAAAUGCAUACACACCGCCACCUGGAGUACCUCUGGGGGGCUCCACGGAAGUCAACACUUCGCCCCCCACAGACCGUCAGAUGCUGCCCAUGGACUGCAGUGAAUUUGUCAACCCUUACCAUGACCCCAAUGACCUGAAGAAGUUCUUCAUCAAUAGGGAGCAGCUGAUGAUCGACGAGGUGGAGCUCGGCUCAGGCAACUUUGGCUGUGUCAAGAAAGGAGUCUUCAAGACAAAUAAGGGCCACACUGAUGUGGCCAUCAAGGUGCUGAAGAAUGAGAAUGAGAAGCUGGUGAAAGAUGAGCUGAUGAGGGAGGCAGAGAUCAUGCACCAACUGAGUAACCCUUACAUCGUCCGUAUGCUGGGGCUCUGCCAGGCUGAGUGCCUGAUGCUGGUGAUGGAGAUGGCUUCUGCUGGGCCACUCAACAAGUUCCUCUCCACCAAUAAGGAUAAGGUCACAGUGGAGAACAUUGUGGGGCUGAUGCACCAGGUGUCUAUGGGAAUGAAGUACCUGGAGGAGAAGAACUUUGUGCACAGAGACCUGGCAGCUCGCAACGUCCUGCUGGUCAACCAACAGUUUGCCAAGAUCAGUGACUUUGGUCUGUCCAAGGCUUUGGGUGCUGAUGACAACUAUUACAAGGCACGCACAGCAGGAAAAUGGCCGCUGAAGUGGUAUGCUCCAGAAUGCAUGAAUUUCCACAAAUUCUCCAGCAAGAGUGAUGUCUGGAGCUUCGGUGUCACCAUGUGGGAAGCCUUUUCUUUUGGAGGGAAACCAUACAAGAAAAUGAAAGGUCCUGAGGUGAUCGGUUUCAUUGCCAGUGGGAGCCGCAUGGAAUGUCCAUCUGGAUGUCCAGAUAAAAUGUAUGCUCUGAUGAAGGACUGCUGGACAUACAAACACGAGGACCGGCCAGGCUUUGUGAAGGUGGAGGAGCACAUGCGAGGCUUUUAUUACUCUAUAUCCAACAAACCUCUGCCUGAGGGGACCACAGAUGCUGCUGAGCCUCUCAAAUAGUCCAGGGACAAGAUACACUCUGUCCCCGCGCCACACAAUGCAUUCUUUGAGAUAGACAAUGAGCCUCUUAUGAACUGGGAACAAGCUGACGGCUUCAGAAACAGACAGCAACAGUAAACAGCUAAAUAAGCCUUAUUGAUGCAAAUGUGAGUCUGUAAUGAAAGUAAUUCAUAUUAGAACAGCCUUUUUUAGUAGCUCAGGACUGCAUCCUUUGUUGGUUUGAAUGUUUUGGAAGAAACCCCCCAAAAAAUGGUGCAUGUUAGAAUUGUAAAACUGCAUAUUGAAAGUGUAAUUCCCUGAGAUAUAAUUAAGUCUAGCGUGAAUUCUGUUUCUAUUUAAGUGCUUCAGCUCUCUAUACAUUUGUUAACACGUCAUGAUGAAUAAAACAUGUCACAGAAUAUGGUGUAUGUAUAUUAAGUAAUUGUGGAAAUUAUUUUUGAAUAAAUUAUGAAACAGACUUUAA